CAGGGGUGGCUCUGAACUGAUGCCAGGCGAGCUGAGAUCAGGGGUGGCUCUUGAUGCCAGGGGAGCUGAGAUCAGGGGUGACUCUGAAUUGACCCUGCAGGAGCUGAGAUCAGGGCUGGCUCUGAAUUGAUGCCAGGGGAGCUGAGAUCAGGGGUGACUCUGGAUUGAUCCCAGGGAGCUGAGAUCAGAACCCGGCCUUCCCUGCCCCCAGUGCAAUCAGGGGCGACUCCAGAUCCAGCCCAGGGGUGGGUGGCUCUGUCCCAUGGUGGGGGGUGUUUCGCAUUCCCCUGCCAUGGGGUGCUCGGAGCCAGCCUCCCACACUCAAUCUGUAGGCGGUUCCCAGCCCCAGGGCUCAGGGCACUGGCUCACCGGCCCAGACCCAGGGGAAUCCCUGCAUUGCUCCCACAGCCGCUGUGCCAGCCAGGCACUGCCUCCCGCCCUAGGGCAGCCCCAGGAUGUUUAAGGAAUAUUUCCAGUACAAGGGGAUCAGCUUCCCUAGGCUGAUCUACUCGGAGCAGGGGCUGCGGGAGGUGGAGAACAAAUUCCAAGUCCGGGAUGACGACGUCUUUAACGUCACCUACCAGAAAUCAGGGACCGUCUGGAUGCUGGAGAUCCUGAGCCUCAUCCACAGCAACGGGGACCCCAGCCGGUGUCGAACGGUCCCUAACUGGGACCGGGGGCCCUGGUAUGAGACCGUCCUGGGCCUGCAGACAGCACGGAGCAACCAGCCGCCCCGGCUCAUCAGUUCCCACCUGCCCAUCCAGCUCUUUGCCAAGUCCUUCUUCCAGUCCAAGGCCAAGGUGCUGUACACAGUGCGGAACCCCAAGGACGUCUUCGUCUCCCUCUACCACUUCGCCCAGAUCUUCCGUCCCUACAAGGAGCCGGGGCAGCUGGAGCAGUUCCUGGAGCAGUUCCUGGAGGGGGACGUGCCCUUCGGCUCCUGGUUCGAUCACGUCAAGGGCUGGAUGGGCCUGCGGGGCCACGAGAACUUCUUCUGGAUCAGCUACGAGGAGCUGCAGCAGGACCUGCGGGGCAGCGUGGAGCGGAUCUGCCGGUUCCUUGGCAAGCAGCUGGACGCGCAGGCAAUGGACGGGGUGGUGGAGAACGCCUCCUUCCAGGCCAUGAAGCAGAACAAGAUGAGCAACUUCAGCCUGGCCCCCAGGUUCCUCCUGGACCAGACCCACAGCUCGUUCUUGCGGAAAGGGAUUGCCGGGGACUGGAAGAACCAGCUCACCACGGCCCAGAGUGAGAAUUUCGACCGGGUUUACCGGGAGCAGAUGCAGGGGCUGGACCUGAGCUUCCCCUGGGACGAGCCGAGCCCCCAGCCCUCCCCGCCCCCCACACCGGGCGGCAGCUGAGACAGAAGGAAGUGCGGUGCACUGGUUAGAGCAGGGAGGCUGGGAGCCCGGACUCCUGGGUUCUCUCCUGGCUCUGGGAGGGGAGGGGCGUCUAGUGGUUAGAGCAGGGGGGCUGGGACCCUGGGUUCCAGGUUUAAUGACUGAACACAGGAUUCCCAAGGGCAGGGAAUGGGGGUGUCCUUAGGCAGUGGGGUGCUGGGGGUCAGGUGUCCAGGAGGGGUAGGAUGGGCUCAGGACUCUGUGGCCCCCCAGGGGCCCCUCUGGGAGGUCUCUUGGGCAAGGAUGAAGGCUCCCCACCCCUGGUAGGAUCCCUGCCCCAUUCAGCCCCCACAGGGUCUAGAGGGAGCAGGGAGGGGGUCUCGUGGGUAACCCGGGAUCUGGCCUCUUAACUUGAGAUCUGUAGUAAACACGGAACAAUAAAACUAAUUUCUUGCUGGGCACAUAAUGCAGCUCUUCUGUGGGGG